CAGUCCCUAGUACGUCUCCUUCCUCUUCCCCCGUACUCCUCUCUCUCUCUCUCUCUAUACAUACAUACACACACGCACACACAUAGCUUUCUCUCUACACAUCAUCGUCUUCCUGGUUGGAUUAGGGUUAGGGAGAGGGAGAGAGAGAGAGAGAGAGAGAGAGAGAGAGAGAGAGAGAGGGAAGGGGGAGGAUGAGCCAGGGGACGAAGUGGAUCCACCACGUGAAGAAGCUGAGCGUGGCGAACGUGUCGGCGGCGCUGGUGGAGAAGGGGCAGAGCCGCGUCAUCGACGCCUCCCUCACCCUCAUCCGCGAGCGCGCCAAGCUCAAGGGAGAGCUGCUUCGGGCUUUGGGAAGUGUUAAAGCUUCUGCAUCGCUUCUGGGUGUUCCUUUGGGCCACAAUUCAUCUUUCCUGCAAGGUCCUGCUUUUGCUCCUCCUCGCAUAAGGGAGGCCAUCUGGUGUGGUAGCACCAACUCCAGCACCGAAGAAGGCAAAGAAUUGAAUGAUCCUCGUGUGCUAACUGAUGUUGGUGAUGUUCCUGUUCAAGAGAUUCGUGACUGUGGAAUAGAUGAUGACAGAUUAAUGAACGUUAUCAGUGAUUCUGUCAAAAUAGUGAUGGAAGAAGAGCCCCUUCGUCCAUUGGUUUUAGGUGGUGACCACUCAAUAUCUUUUCCAGUUGUUAGAGCUGUAUCAGAAAAGCUUGGGGGGCCGUUAGACAUUCUUCAUCUCGAUGCUCAUCCAGAUAUCUAUCAUGCUUAUGAAGGAAAUUUAUACUCACAUGCCUCUUCUUUUGCCCGAAUUAUGGAGGGGGGUUAUGCUAGACGGCUUCUUCAAGUAGGCAUCAGAUCAAUCACUAAAGAAGGGCGCGAACAAGGAAAGAGGUUUGGUGUGGAACAGUACGAAAUGCGUACUUUUUCAAGAGACCGCCAUAUGCUGGAAAAUCUGAAACUUGGGGAAGGAGUGAAGGGAGUUUACAUUUCUGUUGAUGUCGACUGUCUCGAUCCUGCAUUUGCUCCUGGUGUAUCCCACAUCGAGCCUGGAGGCCUCUCGUUCCGCGAUGUCCUCAACAUUCUCCACAAUCUUCAAGCUGAUGUUGUCGCAGCCGAUGUGGUGGAGUUCAACCCGCAGCGUGACACUGUAGAUGGAAUGACCGCGAUGGUUGCUGCAAAGCUUGUUAGGGAACUUACUGCUAAAAUAUCCAAAUGAGAUGCUUUUGUUUUACUUCUAAGUUCUCUAAUUUCAUAAUUUUAAUGUGUGGCCCAUAUAAUCAUUGUGCUACUUUAUAUCAUUGAUAAGUGGUGUACUUCUUGUUACAUGUUUCACGUAUACUAUGAAAAAGAAUAAGAAUUAAGAAAUUUUGUCCUGUA